GGACGUCAGUCUGGGGGCGGUGACUACACUAGGCGAGUUUGAGGGAAAACCCUGGUCACACAGGAAGAGAGAAAUCAGUCAAUUCUGUGAGCUUUGCUGACAAGAGCGCAGCCGGAGAUAGGAGGAGUGUCUAUAUAUAGCCAACAACAGUGGGCAGUGGAGGGUCUGUUCUUGUCGCUCCUUGCACUUAGAAGCCAAGGCUUUCCCCCCUCAACUCGCACCUGGGAGACUCGCAGUUUUCGCAAAAUGUUGGACAGUGGUGGCAAGGUGCUUAAAGAAGGGUUGCUGGAGAAACGCAGCGACGGUUUGCUGCAGCUGUGGAAGAAGAAACGUUGCGUGCUAACGGAAGAGGGUCUCAUUCUCCUCCACCCGAAACAGCACGACAACCAGCAUCAGCAUCAGCAGCAGCCGGCCAGGGAGCACGGCUGUAAAAUCAAGGAGCUGCGGUUCUCCAGCAUGAAGACCGUGGACUGCGUCGAGAGGAAGGGCAAGUACGUCUACUUCACCGUGGUCAUGUCCGAGGGCAAGGAGAUCGAUUUCAGGUGUCCACAGGACGAGGUGUGGAACGCCGAGAUAACUUUGCAGAUGGUGCAGUACAAAAACAGACAGGCUAUUCUCGCAGUCAAGUCCACCAGGCAGAAACAGCAACUGCUAGUGGUGCAGCUUCCAGGGCACAAGACCAUCAAGAACUCCCAAACCGCAGCGUGAACCGGAGCAUGACGGCCACAUCUGCGGUUACUGGAAAACUCGCUGGACAGGAUCAGGGUCUGGAAAUGAUUUCUGAUCGCCUUCGCUGAGCAAACAAAAGACUUUUCACGUCACCGUAAAUGCUUCGUGAGCUUGUGCCCCAGAGUGCUAACCAUAUCCCGAAGAUGUGUCUUUAUUUCCUCGUUGACUUUGCCAUGAACAAAAACUGAUCGAGGCGUUCACUGAACGAAAGAAAUCGCUGUGUAUUCUUACCUGUUUCCAUACAUACCUUCUGGUAUUUUAUUUAUUUAUUAGUUUUGUAUACGUUUUAUUGCGUUUGAGUGUAUGGAUGUGCAGAUUGUUGCUGUUAUGUCCUACAAACUGUGGCUUAUUUUAUAUAUUAUAUAUAUAUAUAUAAUGCGCACCUACUCAUGGCAACAGAAAAUGGCAGAGCACUGAAAGGGUGUUAUGUGACCAGUUUGUGUUUCGUGACCCAUUAAUGUGCAUUAUCUCGAUCCCGUAUCAUUUCUUGAUACAGACCGUGUAGUCAACAAGAAAUCACGAGCUUUCAUUCCAGUGCAUUGAACCAAAGACCAAAAGCGGCUCACUGUUUCUUACUACUUAAAAAAAAAAACUAUCAGGAAAUAAUUUUAGGCCUAUUUUCACCCGAAAGUUAUGCCAAAAAAACUUGAUAGUAUGUUCAAAUGUGUAUUUCAUUUGCGGGCUCGUGUUUCUGGCUUGUCUAUGUCAAAUGUGAUAGGCCGUACAUGUAUUUAAGCCACCUGGUCAAGUUCACAGGGUGCGCAAAGUCAGUGGACUGCAGCUGCUAUGGUUUAUGCACUGCACAAGGUGUAUGUUUUGGAAUUGUCAUUUAAUUCACGGAAUAAUCAUCAUGUGUGUACAGCAUGAGUUUUGUUAUUUUAAUGUGAGAGCUAUUUUCAUAUUUUUAAAAUAUACAUUCCAUUUCAAACGGUGUUACCAUGUGAUUAUUUGUCUUGUCAUUUGCUGUUAACAAAUAUCAUUUGCACACCCUGUCUCCCCCCCAUUAGCUUACGGUGCUAUUACAUUACAUUUAGCACUUAACCACCUUGGCUAUAGGAAGAAAUGCAUCAGAAAAUAAUGUUAGUUACUUAUGAAUAUUUGGUAACACUUUCUUUCUGUCCUACAUAAGUGCUAUAUCACUUUCAUAAGCACUACAUAGCACAUCCCAAAGCACCACAUAAGCAUUCAUAAGUUCUUAUGUCAAUAACCUAAAAUAGACAUAUGCAUCGAUGCAGCAUACCAUGACACCAUGUAUGCCAUCAAUGUUGGCAUAACACAGCAUAUGUCUCUGAGGUUAUUGACAUAAGCAUGUAUGAAUACUUAUGUAGUGCUAAUGAAUGUGCUUUGUAGUACAUAUUAAUGAUUUGUAUAGCUCUUAUGUUGGACCUUCAAAGAAAGUGUUACUGAAUGUGUUUCACUCUGUCACACGCACUAGUGAUUUAUGCAUAAUGUACAUGUGUUGUAUGGCCUACAGAUAACGCCGUAUAUGUGUAUAAUUCAAUCAAAUAAUAUUGAAAUAUCAAAAUUUGAUUAAGGUGCCCAACCCAGCCUAUUCUUUCUUCAGCAAUUGUUGUUCAGUACUCUGGUGAGCUACACUGCAGCCCAGCACCGGCUCAGAACAAGAACAAAUACAAGUUCAGUUUGUUGGCAACACUUUACAAUAAGGUUCCAUGAAUUGACAUGAACUAAUGUAGUUGUUAACUAACUACUACUAAGAAAUUAAUCUGUACAGCUCUGUUAAUGUAUUUGUACAUCAUUCAUUAUUGUGAACUACAUUUGUUAUAGGCAAUUCAUAUUGAAAUUAAAAAAUGUAUUUGUUAAUGAACUAAUUAAGUUAAACCUAUAGUUUGCUAAUGUUUAAAUAUUCAUGUACAAAUGUUAGUUGUUAACCAAUACAUUCAUGAAACAUUAAUUAAGCAUAAAAUUAACUUAUUUUUCCAUCAUUAAUUCAUGUUAACGACUACAUUAGUUAAUGCCAAUUCAUGAACGUUAUUGUAAAGUGUGACCAGUUUGUUAACCACAGUAGGCUAAUGCUACACUGCAGCCCAGCACUGGCUGUGCUCCACCAAAGAGAAACUUGUGUAGAAGAAUACGGGCAACCCUGAAGUAGCCUGUAGGCUUAAGGUUUGACAUGGGUUUGAGUUCUGUACGGCUUCAAUGCAGUGUGUGUGUGUAAUUUUCCUUAGGUACCUAAGGGUGUCCAAUCUUAUCAGAAAAUGGCCAGUGUGGGGGGGGUGGGGCAGGUUUUCGUGCUAGCCCAGCACAAAGACACCUGAUUCUGCUUAUCAAGGUCUUGAUUUAAUGGAUUGAACAUGGUGUUUUAGUGCUAGGCUAAGACAAAAAAAAAAAAAAACCUGAACCCACACCAGCCCAGUGUGGAUAAGGUUGGACAGCCCUGUCCUAAGGUCACAGAUGAUGGUACCUUGCCAAAUGUCGAUGAAAGCUCACUUAAGACAUUGUGGAAAACUAGCGGAUAAAAACUUAGCAUUCCUGGUGUUGCCCGGAAACAUAAAUGCAUCGGAGACUUUGAUUGUUUUCCCUGCAUCAGCUUAUUUACAGUGUUCUUUGUUAAAUAUACUCCGUUCAUGCAAACACCUUUAGGGAAUUACAUUUGGGAAUUAGCAGGCUAGCUGCUAUGUAGAUUGUCUUGCUUUUUUGGCAUCAUAGAAAAUAAAUUCACUACAGUAUACUGGGCAGAUAUAACUCGUUGUUUAUUUUUAAAAUGGUAUAUUUAUAUAUUUUUACAUUUUGCUUUCCAGGAAUGUGUUGCACAUAAAGAAUCAGCCGCAGUGUGGUAUUGUCAGGGCCUUGUGGCCUUUGUUCUGGAGUUUAGGGAUGUAAAAUAGAGGCACUCUCAGAUCUGUUUAUUCCUGGUACUGUAUAUAUAAAUAAAACACUCAACACAA